GAUAGAGCACUCAGAGGUCUGAAGGAACAUCCACUAGUUUGAUCUUGUCUUCACUGGCACACAAUGUCCAGCAAGGAGGACACAUCAUGAAGACACUCGGGGACGAGAACACCCUUCCUCCUCCUCCUCUUCCUUCUCCUACUUUUCCUGGGACAAUCCACGAGGACGGUCCACUGGACAGUCCACUGGACGUCCAAAUGGACAGCAGCUCUGAGGAAAGCGAAGACAUGGCGGCGGCGUUGUUGUCGUCCGACAGGGAAGUGUUACCGUGGCAACAGAGGGAAGAGGAGGAGCGCGAUGAAGUGGAGACCAAGGCGGUGGCGUCUUCUCCGGACGGACGCUUUCUCAAGUUCAACAUCGAGAUCGGCCGAGGAUCCUUCAAGUCCGUCUACAAGGGUCUCGACACUGAGACCACCGUGGAGGUAGCCUGGUGCGAGUUGCAGACGCAGCGUCUGAGCAAGGCGGAGCGUCAGAGGUUCACCGAGGAGGUGGAGAUGCUGAAAGGUCUCCAGCAUCCGAACAUCGUACGCUUCUUCGACUCGUGGAAGUCGGCGCAGAGAGGUCCCAAGUGCACCAUCCUGGUGACGGAGCUCAUGACCUCAGGGACCCUCAAGACGUACUUGCGCAGAUUCCGUCAGAUGAAGCUGAAGCUGCUGAAGCGCUGGAGCUUCCAGAUCCUCAAAGGUCUGCACUUCCUGCACUCGCGCUGCCCCCCCAUCCUGCACCGCGACCUCAAGUGCGACAACAUCUUCAUCACGGGACCCUCUGCCUCCGUCAAGAUCGGAGACCUGGGCCUCGCUACGCUCAAGAAGGCCUCCUUCGCCAAGAGUGUUAUCGGGACGCCAGAGUUCAUGGCCCCGGAAAUGUACGAGGAAAAGUAUGACGAGGCCGUGGACGUCUACGCCUUCGGAAUGUGCAUCCUGGAGAUGGCCACGUCCGAGUAUCCGUACUCGGAGUGUGAGAACGCCGCCCAGAUCUACCGCAAAGUCACCAACGGAAUCAAACCUGACGCCUUCUCUCAAGUCAAAGUGGUGGAGCUGAAGGAGAUCAUCGAGGGCUGCAUCCGCACUAAAAUCAGCGAGAGGUACACAGUCCAGGACCUUCUGGACCACCGCUUCUUCCAGGGAAGGCUGGGCGUCCACGUGGAGCUGGCUGAGGACGACGAUGGGAGAAAAGCAGCGCUGAAACUGUGGCUGAGGAUGGACGGCACCAAGCGGCUCCAUGGCAAAUACAAGGACAACAACGCCAUCGAGUUUCUCUUUGAGCUCUACAAGGACGUCCCGGAGGAGGUGGCCCAGGAGAUGGUGGUGCUGGGCUUUGUUUCCGAGGGCGACUACAAGCUGGUGGCCAAGACCCUCAGAGACCGCGUCACCGCCAUAAAGCACCAACGCGAGGAGCGCCGCCGUUUGGCUCAGGGCGACUUGCAGGAGGCAGGCAGGGAACGCCAGACUUCUAGUCAGCAAGGACCCGCGAGCUCACCUACUGCGGAACAGGUGACCACUGCGAACGCCGCUCCAAGACAAGCCCCGCCCACCAGCAGCAGGACCGUAGGAGACGGGAACAAGAUGGCGGCUAAAGACAUUGUCCGACACAAUGCAGAAUCUUCGCCUCUUCCUGUCAUUCCCAGGGCCCGUGCGUCAAAGCCUCCGCCCCUUCCUGUGCUGCGCUUCCCCAGGAGCAUCGCAGUGUCGGAGCGACCACCAUCGGUGUCAGUCGGCGGCUUUUCUUCACCUGUGGACAGCUAUGCCUCUGACGUGACCUCGGGUUUGAGCGACGGCAACGACGGCCAAUCGGAAAAGAGAAACCAGGAAGUGGGUGGCAGGAAGUUGAGGAAAAGAACGUGGGCGCGCCUGAGGAUCACAGGGGUGUCCAACCUGGGAGACCGUGUGGUGGAAUGUCAGCUGACCACCCACGACAGCAAGAUGGUCACCUUCAAGUUCGACCUGGACGGAGACGACCCCGAAGACAUUGCCUCUGUGAUGAUCCACAGAGACUUCAUCCUGCGGCCUGAGAGAGAAGAAUUCAUCAUGCGCAUGUAUGACAUCAUCGACAGGGCGGAGUCAAUGAUACAUCAGCACCAGCGGCCAAAAGACGCCCCGCCCCUUCCCGAGUCCCAGCAAAAGACAGCAGCUCAGAAUCUCCCCAGGACGCCAUCGAGCUCGUCGCUAACUGAAGCGCCGCCACCUUCGCCGUAUCACCCCUUGUCUCCCCACUUCCCCCCUUACUCCUCCCUCCUCACUCCCCCCGCCUCCCCGGUGGCUCAGUGGCCCCCCCCCGACCAGCCCCUUUUCUCGCUAGCUAACAUGCUAUCGUUAGCCAUGAGCGUGGCCCAGUCCUUCAUGCCCCCACCCGGGACCCCCACUCAGAGCUUCCCCUCCCAGGCCCCGCACCUUCCCUUCUCCCCCCCGUUGUCCCCAUCUUCGGGCUCGGAGCUCCGCCCUCAGAGCCACGCCUCCUGGUCUGCGCCUCCGUCGCCUCAGCCAGGCUCCGCCCACAACAGCAGGCAGUGGGUGUCGCCCAGUUGGAGUCCGGGAGAGCGUCGAAGUCCGCCGCAGCUUAGCGACGGCCUGGCUCCACCCUCUCCUGGCCCCGCCCCCACCCCGCCUGCCGAGUCUCCUCCAGUAACGACGCCUUCCGCCUUCAGCGUGGGUCGUUUCCACGUGGCACGCUCUGAGGACCCCUCAGAUGGCCAACACCCUGAGCUCCGCCCACUUCAGAAGGCCACACCCACCGCACACUCCCCGCCACCGUCUCGGAUGAGCCAAUGCGAGAGCUCGGAGAGCUCGGAGAGCAUCACGGACGAAGAGAGCCAAUCGGAUAGAGGGGAUGAGAGGAGGAGGAGGGGGGCGGGCCGCAGGCUGACUGGCAGCAUGUGGGAGGGGCCACCUGCCGGCCAAUCGCGCAUCCGCCCCGCAUCUUACGUCAGUUCUGACGAAUCCGAGAACGAGGAGACGUGUGAGGGGCUGAAGGAGCUACGGGAAAGACACCUGUUGGAGGUGCACGAGCUGCAGGCCAAUCAGAGGCGAGAGAUCGAGGAGCUCUGCCUGAGGAUGGGAAAGGUCCCGCCCCUGGGCGUGGUCUCUCCGGCCGCCGUACUCAGCCGACAACGCGGCUUCCCCCCCGCACGCAGAAACAGCCUUCAGCGAGCGGAAGUGCUUCCCCCCGCAGGUAUCAUGAGGAAGCGCUCGGUCAGCGGCGGAUCUCAGGAGCGGCCGUGCAGAGGUGUGACCUUUGCCCCCGAACACACCUGCAUGUGCGGGUGGCACUGGGAGCAGGUGGGUACAGUGUCUUGCCCAAGGACACAACGGCAGUGACUAGGAUUGCAAAAGCGGGGAUCGAACCUGGAACCCUCAAGUUGCUGGCACGGCCACUCUACCAACUGAGCUACACCGUCCCUGUUAAUGUCCUUAUACCGGUACUAACAUCCUCAUGCUAAUGUCUGCUAACGUCAUCAUGCUAAUGUCCUCAUGCUAACAUCCUUAUGCUAACGUCCUCAUG